AUGGCAAAAGAAGCUUCUUCUGGAUCUGCUGAAUCAGCCUCGAUCUUUAACCCCUGCAGUCCUAAAUCCACGCUGAUCUCUCUCAAUAUGUCAAACAUCACCAAAUUAACCCCGACGAACUUCAUUACCUGGAGGUUGCAGGUUCGUACUCUCCUUGAGGCGGAUGAACUUCACUGGUUCAUCGUUGAUGAUUCCUAUAUCCCUGAAGAAACAGUCAAACCUUCUAACGGUCCUGAGUUUGCCGCCUGGCAACGCCAAGACAAGAUGUUGUAUAGUUCUCUUCUUGGUUCACUAUCUCUUGCGAUUCAACCAAUUGUUGCAAGAGCAACCACGUCUCGUGAAGUAUGGGAGAUUUUUCAUCGUACCUAUGGUAAACCAUCCAGUGGUCAUAUCAAACAACUCAAACAAGAAAUCAAGCAUCUCACCAAGGACAACAAGUCUAUUAAUGAGUACAUGCGAAUCAUCGUUGACAAAACUGAUCAACUUGCGCUUCUAGGUGCGGCCAUGGAACAUGAAGACCUGCUUGAUGUUAUCACCGGUGGUCUUGGUGAUGACUACAGAGCAAUUGUGGAGAUGUUCAAUGGUCGUGAUGUCCCAAUCUCCAUUGAUGAGCUCCAUGAAAAGCUUUUCAAUCGUGAAAACACUCUGCAUAGUGAAGAAGUCAUCCCCAACUCUGCUCGUGUCACGGCAAAUAAUGCUCAGUUCCGUUCUUAG